ACCACUGAACUCAGCCUCCGCCAGCAUGUCCCCCAGCUGCUGCUCUGGAAACUUCUCCUCCCGCUCCCUGGGCGGCUCCCUGCGCUGCCAGGACUCCUCCUGCGGCUCCUCCCAUCCCAGCAACCUGGUCCCCAGCAGGGGCCUCUGCUCCUCCAGCCCCUGCCCUCAGGGCCCCUCUCUCCACAGUGGCUACCAGGUCAUCUGCCGGGCACCCAGCAGCUGCCGGCCGUCCUGCUGCAGCCCGAGGGUCUCCCUGCUGGGCAGCCCCUGCCAGGCCCCUGUCCCUGGGGCUCUGGGCUGGGGGUCCAGCAGCAGCUGCUCCCUGGGCUGUGGGGCUGGUGGCCUCAGACCCCUGGGUCACGGAGUCUGUGGGGUCCCCGUGCUGAGCCCUGGAUCCGGAUCCUGCCGCCCGACCUGUGGGCCCCCCAGGAGCUGCCAGAGCUGGUGUCGCCGACCGUCCUACAGGUCAUCUCUUUGUUAG